GGCGACGGGAGCUUGCCAGAGCUGCAGACUUGGAGUCAUAGGCGAGAUCUAUGUGCUUCUUCUUGUGGACUCUGGGACCUAGGGUACUUCGCCUUGACUUUCCAGAAUGUUUUUUUACCUGAGCAAGAAGAUCUCCAUUCCCAAUAACGUGAAUCUGAAAUGCAUCUCUUGGAACAAGGACCAGGGAUUCAUAGCCUGUGGUGGCGAAGAUGGAUUGCUCAAAGUCCUGAAGUUAGAAACACAGACAGAUGAUGCAAAACUGAGGGGUAUUUCUACUCCUAGUAGCCUUUCCAUGAACCAGAAUCUUGAAGGUCAUAGUGGUGCUGUUCAAGUUAUAACAUGGAACGAACAAUAUCAGAAGUUGACUACCAGUGAUGAAAAUGGGCUUAUUAUUGUUUGGAUGCUAUAUAAAGGCUCUUGGUAUGAGGAAAUGAUCAACAAUAGAAAUAAAUCAGUGGUCCGAAGUAUGAGCUGGAAUGCGGACGGGCAGAAGAUCUGCAUCGUAUAUGAAGAUGGGGCAGUGAUAGUUGGCUCUGUGGAUGGUAAUCGAAUUUGGGGAAAAGAUCUGAAGGGUAUACAGUUAUGUCAUGUAGCAUGGUCGGCAGACAGUAAAGUCUUACUUUUUGGAAUGGCAAAUGGAGAAAUACACAUUUAUGAUGACCAAGGGAAUUUUAUAAUGAAAAUGAAACUGAAUUGUUUGGUGAACGUCACUGGAGCUGUCAGCAUUGGCGCAAUUCAUUGGUACCAUGGCGCAGAAGGCUAUGUGGAACCUGAUUGCCCCUGCCUCGCCAUUUGUUUUGACAAUGGGAGAUGCCAAAUCAUGAGACAUGAAAAUGACCAAAACCCUGUGCUGAUUGAUGUGGGCAUGUAUGUGGUGAGUGCCCAGUGGAACCACACUGGCAGCGUAUUAGCGGUAGCUGGUUCCCAGAAGACUGUCAUGCAGGACAAGGAUAUAAACACGGUGCAGUUUUUCAGUCCAUUUGGUGAGCAUCUAGGUAUUUUGAAGGUUCCUGGAAAGCAGAUUAGUGCACUCUCUUGGGAAGGAGGCGGAUUGAAAAUUGCCCUAGCUGUUGAUUCUUUUAUAUAUUUUGCAAAUAUUCGACCUGAUUAUAAGUGGGGUUAUUGCUCAAAUACUGUUGUCUAUGCAUAUACCAGACCUGAUCGUCCAGAGUAUUGUGUUAUCUUUUGGGAUACAAAAAACAAUGAGAAGUAUAUUAAAUAUGUGAAGAGUCUCAUUUCUAUUACUACCUGUGGAGAUUUCUGCAUUUUGGCUACAAAAGCAGAUGAAAAUCAUCCUCAGGAGGAGAAUGAGAUGGAAGCACGUGGUGCAAUGUAUGUGCUAGUUCUUUGUAAUUCUAUCGGGACACCCUUGGAUCCUAAAUACAUUGAUAUCGUACCAUUAUUUGUUGCAAUGACAAAAACCCAUGUGAUCGCAGCUUCUAAAGAAGCAUUUUAUAUUUGGCAGUAUCGUGUGGCAAAGAAGCUCACAGCACUGGAAAUAAAUCAAAUUAUGCGAUCUCGGAAAGAAGGGAGAGAAAGAAUUUAUCAUGUUGAUGAUACUCCUUCUGGAUCAGGAGAUGGGGUGCUUGAUUAUAACAAAGCCAUUCAAAGCACAAGGGAUCCAAUUUGUGCCAUAACUGCAUCUGACAAGACAUUGAUUGUGGGUCGUGAAUCUGGCACCAUUCAGAGAUACAGUCUUCCUAAUGUUGGUUUGAUUCAGAAAAUCACCCUUGAAUGUCGGACUCACAAGCUUGCCUUGAAUUGCAACUCUUGUCGGCUGGCCAUCAUUGACAGCUCUGGAGUUCUCACUUUCUUUGACCUGGAUACCCGGGCAUCGGACAGUGUAGAACAGCAGGUGGUGGGCCAGCUCAUAAAAACGGACCGAAAAGAUGUCUGGGAAAUGAAAUGGGCCAAAGACAAUCCUGAUUUGUUCGCAAUGAUGGAGAAGACAAGAAUGUAUGUUUUCAGAAACUUGGAUCCAGAGGAACCCAUUCAGACUUCUGGGCAUAUUUGUAACUUUGAGGAUUUAGAAAUUAAGUCUGUUCUUCUGGAUGAGAUAUUAAAGAAUCCAGAACACCCAAACAAGGCUUAUGUAAUUAACUUUGAGAUUCGGUCCCUGCGUGAUAGUCGAGCAUUGAUUGAAAAGGUUGGAAUUGAAGAUGCAUCUCAGUUCAUAGAAGACAAUCCACACCCCCGACUUUGGCGCCUACUGGCUGAAGCAGCUCUUCAGAAACUUGAUUUGAAAACUGCAGAGCAAGCAUUUGUGCGCUGCAAGGACUACCAAGGCAUUAAGUUUGUCAAAUCCCUGGGCAAUCUACAGACUGAGUCCAUGAAGCAGGCUGAAGUCGCUGCUUACUUUGGAAGGUUUGAAGAAGCUGAGCGGAUGUACCUUGAUAUGGACAGAAGAGAUCUUGCUAUUGGCCUCCGGUUGAAAUUGGGAGACUGGUUUAGAGUCCUACAAAUCCUGAAAACUGGAUCUGGUGAUGCUGAUGACAGCCUGCUGGAACAAGCCCAUAAUGCCAUAGGAGACUACUUUGCUGACCGACAGAAAUGGCUGAAUGCUGUGCAAUAUUAUGUACAAGGCCGGAACCAGGAACGCUUAGCAGAGUGUUAUUAUAUGUUAGAGGAUUAUGAGGGAUUGGAAAAUCUUGCCAAUUCACUUCCAGAAAACCACAAGUUGCUUCCAGAAAUAGCACAAAUGUUUGUGAGAGUUGGAAUGUGUGAGCAGGCAGUGGCUGCAUUUCUGAAGUGUAGUCAACCAAAAGCAGCAGUGGACACCUGUGUACAUCUCAACCAAUGGAAUAAAGCCGUUGAAUUGGCUAAAAAUCAUAGUAUGAAAGAAAUCGGAUCCCUCUUAGCUAGAUACGCAUCCCAUUUAUUGGAAAAGAAUAAAACACUUGAUGCCAUAGAACUCUAUAGGAAAGCCAAUUACUUUUAUGAUGCUGCUAAACUGAUGUUUAAGAUUGCAGAUGAAGAGGCAAAGAAAAGAACUAAACCCUUGCGAGUUAAGAAGCUGUAUGUACUAUCAGCUUUACUUAUAGAGCAGUACCAUGAACAAAUGAAAAAUGCCCAACGAGGGAAAGUUAAAGGAAAGAAUUCUGAGGCCACCUCUGCUUUGGCUGGAUUGCUGGAAGAGGAAGUUCUGUCUACCAGUUGUCGAUUCACGGAUAAUCCUUGGAGAGGGGCUGAGGCUUAUCACUUCUUCAUACUGGCCCAGAGGCAGCUCUAUGAGGGAAACGGGGACAUGGCAUUGAAGACAGCUCUUCACCUGAGAGACUAUGAAGACAUCAUCUCGGCCGUUGAGAUCUACUCUCUGUUAGCGCUCUGUGCAUGUACCAGUAGAGCUUUUGGUACUUGUUCUAAGGCUUUUGUAAAGCUUGAAUCUUUGGAUACCCUCAAUGCUGAACAGAAACAGCAAUAUGAAGAACUUGCUAUGGAAAUCUUCACCAAACAUAUUCCAAAAGAUAACAGAAAAUCUGAACUGGACAGCUUUCUUGAAAGGGAGGAAGAGAAACUUCCCAUAUGUGUUGCCACAGGAAGCCCAAUCACCGAUUAUCAAUUCUGGAUGUGCAGUGUGUGCAAACACUGUGUCCAGGCCCAGGAAAUCAGCAAAUACAGCUUCUGUCCCUUAUGCCAUAAUCCUGUGGGAUAAAUAAAAAGACAAAUUGCUUAUAGUUGGAACAAAGGUGUAGCAUAUACAUAUAUGUAUAUAUGUACAUACAUAAUUCUAACUGUAUACAUGGUUGACUUUCAUAUCCUUAUAUAAAAAUCAGCACCAUUAUUUCAUAGGUAGAUCUUUAAACAAAU